AUGCAAGGAGCUGCUGUGGGGAGGGCGUGGCAGCUUUCCGCGGUGGGAAAGGGCCCUUCCCGGCGCUGGGGGCUGGCCGAGCUGUCCCGGGAGUCGCCCCGGGAUCUCCGCUCCCGUCCGGGCCCCUCAGCGCUGAGGGGGCGGGCAGGCGCUGGCGCCGCGCCGCCGCCAGGGGCCGCUGUGGCGCCUCGGGAUGAGGGCCACGCUCCCGCCCUGCCGCGCUUUCCUCCGGGAAUCGCCCCUCACGGAGCGGCCGCAGCGCCGGCACCGCCGGUGGAGCGGGGCUGCCGGGAAUUGUCCCUCACGGAGCGGCCGCAGCGGAGCGGAGCUGCCGGGCUCUGCCGCGCUGGUAUUGGAGCUGCCGCUGCUGUGCUGAGUGCGGCGAGUGCUCGGCACCGGUGA